UUGAUGGACAACAGGAGACAGACCAAACACAGAAACUUAAAGGGAAUUCAUACUACAGUUUUUGGUUCUUCUUUACUCACACAUCGUGAAUAAGUUUCAUUCCUAAAAGCAAUUCAUACCAUUGAUUAAGCUGUUACAAGUUUAUGAUAUUACUGGUUCAGCAGGCAUCUUUACUAACUGAAUUAUUCCUGUUUCUAAAAAUCUCAGUUUUGUCAUUUAUAGCUAAUCUUACUGAUGCACUUGUAUGUAUACAUAUGACAUACUCAGACAUUUGCAUGCACACAGAUACUCCCUACAGUCAUUGUUAAUUGCCAAGGCUGGGACAUCCUGGGCUGGGGCACAUAUGGAAUCUACUUUGGUAUAUAUUUUGUGCUAUUUCAUGAACUUCUAGAUUCCAUAUUAGCAUAUUAACCUUUUUUUUUUUUUUUUGUCCAGAGUCUGAUAAUGGUAGUCUUCAUUCCUAAUAGGCCUACUCUGUUGUCCAGGCUUUGGGCUACUCAGGACUUACGUCCUGCAUUAUUUCAUGAACACCUGCAGUUUCUUGGUACUCUUAAAGUGCAUUUUUGACUGCAGAAUUUACUAGAAUGGAAAAAUGAUUUUCCACUCAGCUUUUUUUGUGAAAAUGGGUUGUUGUUCUUGAUGUUGUUUUCUUCUUACCCUGUUUACUUAACACUCCUUUUGUAAGUAGUUUCAUAUGCUAGCCUAGAUGAUGCAGGAAUUGUAGUGCACUUGCUCUGCUGUGUUGUUACACCAGCUUAUAUGACCAAGGAGAUGAAUUCAUUAUUGAACACUUAGGUCUCAUUUGAAAAUAAUGUUAUGGCAGGGCAGAGGAGUCACUGAACAAAUACUGGGCUGAAAUUAAGGGAUGGAAGACUUUCCUGAUUCAUGAUCUCAUAAACGUCUACUGGGAAGGCAAGGUUAACCCACAGGAAUACUGUGCCAUGGCUUGAAAAAAUUCACAACAAGAGAGGUUGUGUGGCACAGUGUGUGGCUGAUUCAUGGAAUGGAGAAGGGGGAAUGGAGAAUAUCAGAAUGCACAGAUGGAGACAGUUGCUUCAAGAACUGUACUGUAUCCAUAGAGAAAUGCAUAGAAAAACGUUCCUUUGUGAAAUGAGUUAAAGAACCCAAUGCUUCUUUUCUUAGAGCUUUGCAAUAGUGUAUCCUCACUGGUACUGCCUGCUGGACAUUGUCAAUAUAUAUGGUACAAUGUGAAUUUGUAUAUAUGCAAUGAACUGCAACCAUAUAGUGAAUAAGAGAUGAGCAAGUCUAUAAAACAGGGUGGCCUCUGCUGCUCCUUCUGUACUGGGAAUGGUUAGAGUUGAGGGCAAAAGUGUCAGGGGUAGUUUGACCAGGGAAAGAGCUCUCAUUUAGAGCUUGCAGGAUAAAAAUAUGUGACCUCAUGCCAAGAUCAGCGAGGCUGGAAAUGCACCCCUGUGGUUAAAAAUAUGGGGAGAUCUGGCAAUACCAUGAAUGCCUGAGGAUUUUGAUACUUUAAGAUUUAUUUACCCAGCAGCUCAUAACUUCAUUGAUGAUGUUUAGGUAAGGUUUUCUUCCCUCUGUAAUGCAGUCUUCAUCUGAAGAUGCCUGAGAAUACCAAUGCUCUACAUAAGAAACAGAGAACAGAACUAAUUUUUGUUAUGCAGCUUCCUGCUUGGAAUCCAUGAGAUUUGGGUUAUCACUGUGCAUGCAAUAGCAAGCCCCUCUUGAUGGGACCUUUCUGCAGCUGGUCUGGGAAGUUCAUUGCCUUGGGGAGCCAUUAAAUUAAAUAGAUAUUUAAAUCUGAGGAGAAGUGGGAAGAGGUGCCUAGAGUGGCUUGAUGGAGCAUUAGCGCUGUUUGCUGUUUGUUAAGAUAAGGGCAGCUGGGCUUAAACACAUCUUAUUAUCUCCAUUCGGCUGGACUCCUUAGUUGAAUUGAGAAAAUCAGAUGACCUAAGGUAGUCUCUCUUUUUCUUUUUUUUUUCCCCCCAAUCUGAUUUCUUUGUACCACUCUGGCAUCAUCUUCUGAUGACUUGUUUCUUGGUCUCUGUCUUAAAGAGUUUCCCAGUAAAAGCCUCAUUCUUUUCAUGCUGUAAUAGGUUUAUAACACAAGAUGACUGCAGUUGUACCUUAGCCAAAAUACACAGCAGUUUACAUGCAGAACAAGUGAAACCACCUAGAGACUGCUGUUUUCUAAAGAUGAGCACAAAGUUCUUCAAACAAGUCACAGGAGAUGAAAGCAGCUGUAAAUCAAUAAGGAAGCAAGUUUCAAGGCUGGACAAGGAGAGCAGGGAAAUACCUUGCCUCUCUGAUACCCACCUUGCAUCCUUACCUACUGAGGAAAUUCUUGCAUCAUCCAUUACUGGUUCACUCUGAGAAAGAUUGCUUUGCAGUUUGUUUGGAAUGCCCGUCCUCUAAUCAGCUGAAGAAAAGGAGUCACUUAUAUAAGCCAAGGAGUAGGAAACAUUUUGGUGAUACUGCUCACCUAGGACGGACUGCUGGCUGACUCCUGACGUCCAGCUUCUGCCCUUGCUUAUCCAGUUUCCUUAGGGCUGUACUGACUCGGACAAGUGGCAGUUUGGGAGGCUUUUCUCUUCUUAUUCAUCUUUCUUUUUCAAGGCAGUCGGUGAAGAAAACUGGAAGGCAUGACCCCCUCCACAGACAAAAAGCUCAACGGGAUAGAUAACCCCAGCUUCAUGAGUGAAGAUGGGAGCCACCACUGUGCCUCACUGGAUCGCGCUGCCCAGGGCCCAAAGAAAGGCAAAGGCAAAGGGCAGAGCAACAAGCUGGCCUACACUGUCACUGACAUACCCCCCUGGUACCUGUGCAUCUUGCUGGGUAUUCAGCAUUUCCUAACAGCCAUAGGAGGUCUGGUAGCCAUCCCGCUGAUCCUCUCCAAAGAGCUCUGUCUUCAGCAUGACCUCCUCACCCAGAGCCACUUGAUAAGCACCAUCUUCUUUGUGUCAGGAAUUUGCACCCUGCUUCAAGUCCUCUUUGGAGUCAGGUUGCCUAUUAUUCAAGGAGGAACUUUUUCCUUCUUGACCCCCACCCUGGCAAUGCUGUCUCUCCCCAAGUGGAAGUGCCCUGCCUGGACGGAGAAUGCCACGCUGGUGAACACUUAUUCACCUGAGUUCAUUGAAGUCUGGCAGACACGGAUGCGAGAGGUGCAAGGAGCUAUCAUGGUAGCUUCUUGCUUUCAAAUCUUUGUUGGAUUUUCUGGCCUUGUUGGAUUUCUGAUGAGAUUCAUUGGCCCCUUGACAAUAGCCCCCACCAUCACCUUGGUUGCUCUGCCUCUCUUUGACUCGGCUGGGGAUAAAGCUGGACAGCACUGGGGCAUAGCAUUCAUGACUGUUUUUUUCAUAGUUCUGUUCUCUCAGUACCUGAAGAAUGUCCCUGUGCCACUGCCAUCGUAUCAGAGAGGCAAGAAGUGCCACUUCUCCCCCAUCUACAUCUUCCAGAUCUUCCCGGUGCUGCUGGGGCUGUCCCUGAGCUGGCUGUUCUGCUACAUAUUGACGGUGACUGACGUCCUCCCCACGGACCCCACUGCUUACGGCCACCUGGCACGGACAGACACCCGCGGGGACGUCUUGUCUCAGGCUCCCUGGUUUCGGCUCCCUUACCCAGGACAGUGGGGAAUGCCAACGGUCAGCUUGGCUGGGAUAUUCGGCAUCCUCGCCGGGGUCAUCUCCUCCAUGCUGGAGUCCAUGGGGGAUUACUAUGCCUGUGCCCGCCUGUCUGGUGCCCCACCACCACCGAAGCAUGCCAUCAACCGUGGGAUCGGUGUGGAAGGCAUUGGCUGCCUCCUGGCUGGGGCCUGGGGAACGGGAAAUGGCACCACGUCCUACAGUGAGAACGUGGGGGCCCUGGGCAUCACCAAGGUAGGGAGCCGCAUGGUGAUCAUUGCUGGUGCCUGUGCCAUGCUCCUGAGCGGCAUCUUUGGGAAAGUGGGGGCAAUGCUUGCCAGCAUACCCACUCCUGUCAUCGGAGGCCUGUUCCUCGUGAUGUUUGGCAUUAUCACCGCAGUGGGGAUUUCCAAUUUGCAGUACACAGAUAUGAACUCCUCCAGAAACAUCUUUAUAUUUGGAUUCUCUGUGUUUGCUGGACUCACAAUUCCCAACUGGGCAAACAAAAAUAAUAUGCUGCUAGAAACAGAAAUCACCCAGCUGGACCAGGUGAUCCAGGUGCUUCUCACCACUGGCAUGUUUGUGGGUGGGCUCUUGGGGUUUAUCCUUGAUAACACCAUUCCAGGGACACGGGAGGAGCGGGGUCUCCUGGCAUGGAAACACAGCCACAAGGGAGAGGUGGAUAACUCCCAGCUCAUUGCCAAGGUCUAUGAUCUUCCAUUUGGCAUAGGCACUAAAUACUGUGCUGUCUCUUGGUUUCGGUAUCUCCCUGCUUGCCCCAAAAAAGUACCUGGUGGCAAGAAAAUGGAUGAACUGAAGGCUGCUGGACAAGAAAGCAGUGUUAAUGCAAACUUAGAAAGAGACUCUGAGAUAGAUGCUGAUACAAGGAUAUAAGCACCAGGCCUGAAGGUAAACUCUUCCCUCAAGCAGAGGUAUGAAAAACAUGUCUGCAGCCCCCAUCAUUUGAGCUGGAGCAAGAGAAUGACAAUGCCUUUCUUUUCUUAACUGUCUCCAGUGCCUUGGCCACUGGUGACCUUGAGGGAAUCAUUUUUCUUCUCCCUGCUCCUGCCUGCCCACCUUUAGGAAGAACACUGUACUGCUUUGGGAAAUGCCUGGGAAGGAUGUUUAGUUUCCUUCCUUGCACAGAGACUUGGGGACCCUGAGGAACAGUGGUUAGGCUGAAGCAGAGCUCUUCCUUUCCCCUGUUCUGACUGCUCCUGGGGACACAGGAGAAGGCAUCUCUACUGCUCUUAUGCAUCCUUUGGGCUGAGGUUUAUCCCCUCCACCUUAAUCAUCUUAAUCAUCUGUAAUGGCAAUGUUCACCUCUCAGCUUGUGGUUUACACCUUUUCCUGGCCAAAGGGAAGAAGUGGGCACCUGUAGGCCAUGACUCCUCUCACUCCUGUGAUGCUUCCAACAUCAAAUGAAUGAUGUUGGAAAAGCAGCAUCUAAGGUCAAUGGGAUGAAUUGUCUUCUGAAGUUGCCUCUCCUUACUUACACUGCAGAGGUAUCUACAGACUCCACUUAGGUUUUUGACCUGUUAGAAAUAACCAGCUUAACUAAAAGGAAUCCCAGCUGGGAUGCUGGGAGCCAGCUUCCCCAGGGUACCAAAUUGCACAGAGAUGAAGGAAUCUUCAUCAGAGAUGAAGGACAAAACUUCUGCUUGUAGUGUGACAUACCUCUGCUACUGCUAAGCUCUGUGUGUCCCCACCGUCCCUGAUUUGGUUUGGUGAUUGUGUAGUGACAGCCACUUCUCCAGAAAAUAGCCUACAGACUCUUGCUGUUUUCUACUCUCAGCACAAAUAGCCUUAACCUGUUAAUAAUGUGACUGCUCAUGGUGCUGGCUGCUGCUGAUAUGUAAUAACAUUGCUGUAGCAUUAAGCUGUCAUUUCCUGCACUGAGAUUUAUACUUCAAUAUAUUUGGGGAAAAAUAAAUAACAUAUGCAAAUGAGUGAUAUUUCUUGGGUUGAUUUCCAUAGUGAGUGGCAGGUUGUAUUCAAAGAAUCACAGAGAAUUCAGGUUGGAAAGGACCUCUGGAAGUCAUGUGGGCCAGCCCUUCCUCUCAGACCAGGUGGCACAUGGCAGUGCCUAGUCGAACUGUGGCUGGAGAGUCACAGCUGCUUUGGGCAACCAGUUCUGGUGUUUGACCACCCUUGUGGUGAGAAACAGCUUACCUCACGUCUAACUGGAAUUUCCAGUGCAUCAACUUGUGUCUG